AUGAAUGAGGCCACUAAAGCGGCGGGAAAUCUUCCCGGCCGUCGGAGUAGAAUCGGAAGAUUAGUAGCCAGCCUGACCAAGUACGGCCUCGACUCCGCCGCCGCCGACGCUCCGAAGGCAUCCACCGGUCUUAGGAGAGCAUAUGAGAUUGUGCAAGAGAUAUUGAGGGAUGAUCAUUCCCCAGCCUCACCUUCCCUAAAGCAACAAACCAAGCUCAAAGGUGUCGCAGCAAUGCUGGAAGAGAUGCAGAGGAAAAUGGAAGCAGCGGAGCAGAAGAGCGAGGAAGGGGUGGUGAGACAAUCAGGCGAGACAUCAUCAGCAAUAAGCGUAGAGUCGGGAGUUGUGAAGAAGGCACCGGAUGAUAAGUACCCUGUGAAAAAUUCAGCUGCUGUGCACACCGGGAAGAAAAUGAUCUUUAUCCGUUCCCGUCUCUGA